GUGCAUGUACAAUCUUCAUGUGUCAAUUUAGUAAUUAGGAGCAAUUUAAAUAAGAAGUACAAAUACAAAUCCUUUACGUUUUUCUACUCUCUCUCUCCUCCCAAUCAACCUCUCCCUUUCUUCUUCUUCUUCAAUGGCGAUUGGAGCAAUGCUUAGGGCUUUCCGACUUCGCAACGCAAGCUUUUCUCUCCGACAAUCCACCACUUCACGAUUUAUUAGCACAUUGGUGUUGGCUGAACAUGAAGGAGGUUCCAUCAAGUCAUCGUCUAUUAGUUCUGUAGAGGCUGCAAAGUGUUUAAGUAAGGAUAAUUCGAUCUCCAUGCUAUUGGCCGGUUCUGGUCCCUCUCUCCAACAAGCUGCAACACAUGCUUCCUUGUGCCAUCCCUUAGUUUCGCAGGUGCUUGUGGCUGAUUCAGAUAAAUUUAUGCAUCCUUUAGCUGAAACUUGGGCAAAUCUGGUUGAAUUAGUUCAGAAGAAAGGUGGAUACACACAUAUUCUUGCUGCUUCUGGCUCAUUUGGUAAAAAUAUAUUGCCCCGUGCAGCUGCGCUUUUAGAUGUUUCUCCAGUAACUGAUGUAACUGAGAUAUCUGGGUCUCAUCAAUUUGUGAGGCCAAUAUAUGCUGGAAAUGCUCUUUGUACAGUUAAAUAUACUGGUGAGUCUCCAUGCAUCUUGACUGUCCGUGCUCCUUCAUUUCCAGUUCCAGCAUCUGAAACAAGAUCCGAUGCUGCUCCCAUUACUCAGGUUGAUCUCUCAGCCUUUGGUGAAGAAAUUCUGGAGAAAUCUAGAUUUGUAAAGCGUAGCACUCAGGAAACCGAGCGCCCAGAUCUUGGAAAUGCACGCAUUGUAGUGACCGGAGGACGAGGUUUAAAAAGUGCUGAGAAUUUCAAGAUGAUCGAGAAGCUUGCUGAGAAACUUGAUGCAGCAGUUGGAGCUACACGUGCUGCUGUUGAUGCAGGAUUCAUUCCCAAUGAAUUACAGGUUGGACAGACAGGAAAAAUUGUUGCGCCAGAGCUGUACAUGGCUUUUGGGGUAUCAGGAGCCAUUCAACACGUGGCUGGCAUGAGAGACUCCAAAGUCAUUGUAGCGAUAAAUAAGGAUGCAGAUGCCCCCAUAUUCCAGGUGGCGGACUAUGGGCUUGUUGGUGACCUGUUCGAAAUAAUACCGGAAUUGCUAGAGAAACUACCAGAGAAAAAUAAAAAAUUGUAAAUUUUAGUGACAGGGCUCACUGUAUAUGACCAUCAAGGCAUCGAUAUGACAAAUUGACAAGGCCUGUCUUACACAAGGUGCUGUUAUUUACAAGCCCUCAGUUUUAGUUGUAGCAGUUCAGGACCUGUGGAAACGUUUUAAUUCUAUUCAUAUCCUUUUACAGUAAUGAACUAGACUUUGUAUUCCCUGGAAAAAUAACAUACUCCUUAUCAAUUUCUUGUUAAAAUUGAAAAAAAAAACCUUGCCUAUAAAUCCUAUAAUACUUGGCACGUUUCCGUAUUUACUUACUA